AUGACUUUUCAGCUGCGUUUUUCUCUUCUCAUUUUUCUCGCGAUCUCCGGUCAGGCCUACGGCUUCGGCGCAGGGAAUAUCGCGUCUCUCUCUCGUAUUGAAGGCCAGAACUGGCGCCAUGGAGACAUCGAGGAUACCCUUCUCUUUCUUUUCCUGGCUCGAGUGGCCGGUGGCCGCAAGUUUGGGAAGCUCGAUGUGAAGCGAGUGUACUUUGGAAACUGGCUUCGCGACUACAGUCAGGCAGUCGACGUGGGCACCGUCAAAUACGUCAGUGCCGAGGCCAUUCGCAUUCUGAUCUGGGUCUUGGGCUUCAUGAGCUUUGGAUACGGAACUCGGGAGUUCGAGGUUACCGCCGAGCGUCUUGGUUGCUAUCAACCUACCGAGCAUAUCGAUAAUCCUCAGGGUUAUGCCCAGGGUGAAGAUGCGCGCUGCUAUGAUCGUCGUCUCCGUGGACCCGUGGAUGAAGAGCGGGAGCUGUCUAUCGACCCGCGCACCGGUCUUAAAGCGUACAUCGCUUCCGAGGAUCUGGACAUCGACACUUCCGCCGCUUUGAUCCGCCGGGUCCUCGGUCGUUCCAUCCAGCUCGGCCGUCGCUAUGCCCGAUCACGCAACAAUGAGGAUCUAUACGAGGCACUUCGCUUGCUUGGUACUGGUCUGCACUGUCUCGAGGAUUACGCUGCUCACUCGAACUAUAUCGAGCUCGCUCUUAUCGAGAUCGGUGAAAGAAACGUUUUCCCUCAUGUUGGACGCGACACCGCGAUUGAACUGCCGGGGGCUCAAGACUCCGUCUAUCCCAUCGUCACUGGCACCUUUGGUGGCGUUGAUUUCUUCCAUUCAGUUCUCGGUGAGCUUUCCGACAAGACCAAGCAGUCCGAACUCCAGUCGUUGGAAGGUGUCAUCACAGAGUCGGAGAGUGACAGCCCCUCGGAAAGUCUCCUCCAGGACCUGCUCAACAAAAUCCCCAGUGGCCUGAUCGGUGACAGUGAUGCCCAGGCCGGUCAGAUGGAUGACUUCAAGGCCAAAGCGGAUGAUGCACGCCAGAACAACCAGAACAUUACUCCCCGUGAGCCCGAGGAGUGGACUCGUUACCUGGAUGAUGUCCAGAAGCAGAUCUAUCCCGUGCUUGAGUGGCAUGAUCAACUCUUGAAGGCGAUCAAUGAGGCUAUCGAGAAGAUUCCGGUGCUGCCGGAGCUAAUCGAGCAGAUUCAAGACCAGAUUACCGUAUUUGUAUUCUCCAUCCUCGCCCCCUACGUCCUCCCCAUCAUCAAGCAGGUCAAGGCUGAACUGGAAACCGGCUCUUCUGAAAUGAUUCAGAGUAGCCGGGAGCAGCAGCACAUUGUAUUCAAUGAUGACUCUUCGUCUAACCCCACCCACUCCAUGCUUUCCAAGGACCACUUCUCCAACGUCCUCAAUGAGCCUGCUGGACGGGUCGCCUCUCAGUGUGUCAAGUGGGCAGUGCCUCAACUGAUGCAGUGUUGGGAUGACGAAGAUGUCGACAUUGACCGCACGUUGAACCGAAUCAUCACUGGUAUCUUCCAUCACCCCUCUCAGCGAGAGCACGGAGACGAUGGUGCGAUCGACAUGCGGAAUACCAUGUUCUCCACGGUGGUGCAAUGGUGGAGUGAGAAUAGUGACGAGAAACGUGACUCUCUUCGUGAACAGUUGAGUCGCGAUGGCGUUCUCGAUGGCAAAAACCACAAAGAGGGCGUGCAGGAUUGCGGACACGGCUGUGGCAAGCCGCUCACUCUGCCCAAGGGCCACAAUGCCAGCGCCGGAAGUUUCCAGUCCGAUGACAUCAGUCUCCAAAAUAUCGCCUCCCAGGCCGUAGGAGGAGGUGCCUUGGGUGGCCUUCUCGGUGGUCUCGUCGGCGGCGUGGGUGCGAUGAUCCUCAAUGAUGGUGGUUCAGACGACCGGAAGAGUCCUAAGCCCAAGAAGCACGACAGUGACGACGAGGAUGAAGGCUGCGGGCGCCGGCGUCGUCACCAUCAGGAACGCCACGAACAUCACGAGACGGAAUCCCAUGGUGGCGCGCUCCCUCCUCACGCGGAGGGUUACCAGUAUCAGAGCGAAACGACAUACUACGGUGACCGACCUGCGCCUCGAAAUGAUUACCCUGGCAGUGAAUACCCCCGCGCUGAGUAUGCUCCCAAUCCUCCUAUGCAGGGUUACCAUCGCGAACAGUAUCGGCAAUACGAACGGGAGGACAACGGAGUUUACUAUCAGCAAGAAAGACAAGAGACCUAUGAGACUGGUCAUACUGAGUACCAGCGCACUGAAACGCGUUAUGACUACGGUCCUCAUCAGCCGGCAUUCGGAUCCAUGCAACAGAGUGCCUACGUUCGUGGAGGAUUUGAGCAGGAAUACCAAACAGGGUACGGUGGCAUACCGGAGUUUGAGCAGCCUAGCUACCGGCCCCAAGGUGAAAUCUACCAGGAACAGGGCUAUGGCCAGCGAUUCGAAGCCGCUGGUGAUGAGCGUGAGCGGCGGCACCAUCGUCACCAUCACCGGCGACGCUCCAGCAAUGGUUCUGGUUCCGGCAGUGGAAGCGAUGAAGAGCGACGCCGGCAUCGUCACCAUAGGCACCAUCGUCGGUCAGGAUCAGAGGAUUCGGACUAA